AUGACAUCAAUAAAAUCCCUUACGUCCUUCAAACUCGACCUACCGCCCAGCUGUAUUGAGUUCUUCCCUCUCAAGCCCAACAUCGCAGUCAUUGGGACUUACAAUCUUGAAAAGUCUGCGGAAGACUCUUCGGAGACGAAGGUCGUUGGGACGGCGACGCAGAGUCGGAAUGGCAGUUUGGUGUUGGUGAGGGUUGAUGGGGAUAAUGUCGACAUUCUGGAAAACUUUCCCACGCCCUCGGCCAUUCUAGAUAUUCACUUCCUGUCCCAUGUGCCCAGCUCAAAUUUUGGCGUUGCAACCUCCACUGGUUCAUUCGCCAUCUACGAACUCGCCGACUAUGAGAAACGCACGCCGAAGAUCGUGCAUAUCAAGACCAUUCAGUACUUCCCUGAGAAUGUGUUGAUUACAGCGUUCGCAUGGCAUCCGGAGAGUUACAUGGUCGGCAUGACGGUAUCGGAUGGGCGGGUAUGCUUGGGUAUCAUUGACGAGAGCGAAGAAGAGCAAGGAGAGAGCGUUGGUGGAAAUGUCAUGGAACUAGCCAAACACGACCUAGAAGCCUGGACACUCUCCUUCGCCCUAGACGGCACAAGCAUCCUCUCAGGCGGCGACGACAGCGCACUCAAACUCAUAGAACUAUCCGAAGACCACGAUCACGAAGACAAGCAAGACGAUGACCGCUACCAAACAGCGCGAUACACCUCCUGGACCGAUAAGAAAAUCCACCAAGCUGGCGUCACGGCGAUACUUCCUCUCCAUCUCGACAACGAAGCGGGCUUGAUGGUCACGGGAAGUUAUGACGACUCUAUCCGCCUCGUCAGCUUCUCCGCAACGGGCCAACGACGUAUCUUAGCCGACCUCAAUCUCGGCGGCGGCGUCUGGCGCAUAAAGCUGCUCGACCGUAAACCCACACUACCGGCCCAUCACGGUGUGGAGAAGUGGCGCUCUGAGCCGCCGCCCACGGAGGUCUUGUUGCUGGUUAGUUGUAUGCAUGCCGGCGCGAGGGUUGUCAGACUCAAGAAAGAAGGAGAGCAGUGGGCGUUUGAGGUGCUGGCGAAGAUGGAAGAACAUCAGAGCAUGAAUUAUGGGAGUGAUUGUCAGAGGGGAGCAGAUCGGGAGGGGAGGAGGACGUUUGUUAGCACGAGUUUUUAUGAUCGGUUGUUGUGUUUGUGGAGGUUCUGA